CUUUAAAACAGAAUCUAAAAUUUUUUGACGAGUUUAUAAGCAUAUAUAGAGAAACAUAUACACACUCUUGGAUAGACCUAUGGAGAUUGGGAAAUAAUAUCAUGGAUCAAAGCUAGAAGAAGAAAUUAUUUUCCAGAUCUGGUUGCAUCUUCACCGGAUCUAGUCUGAAAAUAGAUCUUGGCGAUGAAGAGGGUCAGCGACGGAGAGGAUGCGGGUCAGCGACGACAAGGAUGUGGGUCAGCGCGGCGAUGGGUGCGGGUCAGCGCGGCGAUGGGUGCGGGCCAGCUACGGCGAUGGAUGCAGGUCAGCGACGGCGAGAGGAUGCCCGGGGCUGCGACGGCGGGGGCUUUCGACGGCGGGGGUUGCGGAAGCAUCAUCGUCAUCGGUGGUAGUGCUGAAGCGCCGGCGGCGGUGGUGCUGAAGUACUGGCGUCGGUAGUGGGGGAUGGCUUCAGUCAGUGGGGGUACAUGGGUGUGCAGGGCAGUAAAGAGGAGGGGCAUAA